AGACUACAAAAACGGACCAUUUCUCACAUUCUGGCGAAAUUCGAUAGCCUACUCAACGUUAACUAACCCGGAUCAUGGGUUUUGUGGAAUUAUUGACGACCUGUGCCAUUCUACCGAUAUGUUUGGCUGGACAAAGUGACCCAGAACGGCACUCGCUGUACUAUGUGUACACAGCCCUGUCAAAGCCUGUCAAUGCACUAGGCAUCUUUGAAUUCACUGCCAUGGGCCUACUGGACAACAGAAAGAUUGAUUACUAUGACAGCAAACACCAAGUCAAGAUUCCUCAACAGGACUGGAUGAAAGAAAAGCUUCCAGCGGACUACUGGGAAAAGGGCACCCAGUCACGUAAAAGCAAAGAGCAAUGGUUCAAAGUCAAUGUGAACAUUCUGAUGGACCGCAUGAGACAGAAUCAAUCUGAUAUUCAUGUCCUUAUGUGGAAACAUGGCUGUGAGGUAGACAAAAUGCCAGAUGGUUCUGUCAAGUUUGUUCGCGGUGUUGAUGCAUACAGCUAUGAUGGCAAUGAUUUCCUUUCCUUUGAUGAUGCAUCAAUGCAGUGGGUUGCCCCAGUUCCUGAAGCUGUACCCACAAAACAGAAGUGGGAUGGGGUUGCCAUCCUCAAUCAGUACACCAAGGGGUACCUGGAGAAGGAGUGUGUGGACUGGCUGGAAAAAUUCAGAGAAUAUGGGGACAAAGAAUUAGAACAACAAACAAGAGUUUCUCCACCAAAUGUUCGUCUUUUUGCUAAAGAAACCAGAUCUUCAAAUACACUCCAGUUGACUUGCAUGGCCACAGGUUUCUACCCCAAAGAAAUUGACAUCACCAUUCUGAAAGGGAAGGAGGUCAUAAAGGAAGGUGAUAUUAAGGAUGUCUUGCCCAAUGGCGAUGGAACCCAUCAGAUCAAAUUGAAUGUGGAGGCCCAAAGGUCAGACAUUGAUGAUUAUAGCUGUGAGAUGUACCACAUAGGCCUGGAAGAACCAAUUACGAAAGUUUGGACCUUGGAUGGAGAAAUGUGUGAUGGUACCUCCUCAUUCUUGAUUGGAGCGGUAUUUGGGGUACUGACAGUGCUGAUACUAAUGGGGAUCUUGAUGUUCAUUGCUCAUAGAAAAGGCGUUUUCGGGAAAUGGACAACAGGCAACAAUCCAGACCCGCGCUGAAAAAGAAGAAUCGGUGGAUUUACUUGAUUUUAUCACGUACAUGGUUUGCACAUGGAUGAAAUGUCUAGUCUUACGCAUCAUUUAAGCCCGCUUGCAACUUUGAGGGGGCCCAUCUAGUGCUAUUCUAGUCUGGCUAUCACCAGACUAAGCUCAAUCUUUUAAGAUGGGAAGGUCGCCUCUAGUCUACCUCCACUCAGCACCUUCUCCUCUCUGGAGGUUAAUGACGCCACAGACUCUCUCUGCUCCAUGUGGAGCAAUAGGGCUCGGGAUCAUGACGUGAAAACUUCGCGGGCACAGCCAUGUUGGCAGCCUCACUCCUUAGUUUACUAUGGAUUACUAUGGAUUUACUCCCGCCUAUUAGUGUGUUCCUCUUACUUAGUUUUUGCCCUCUUGGUCGUAUGUUGCUGUGUAGUGGGGUGUAACAGCGCAACCCACGAUCGUAAGAGGAAAAGAAUCGCUAAUACUAUAUUUCUGCUUCUUGUCUUCUGCAUCUGAAUGAAUGGAUAUUACGUUCGGUGCGCUACCAACAUGGCGGCUAUAUUACUAGAAUGCAAGGCGUGUGCCCGAGCCCUAUUGUGUCUGGACAAACUGCCCUCUUACUACAAGGCCAGCUCAAUCCAAAACACACUCAUCCAUGGCUAAGUGAUACCCCUCAAGGAGCAGAGCACCAAACUCAGAACCGCGGAUAGGAACGGCCACAAAUCUAAAAUGACUAAUGACCUGAAAAACUACCAGACACUGCUAUCCUUCUUUUUCAUGUUCAAUUAACCUUCUCUGACCAUGUUGCCUCGGCCGCCUGGCCUGCUGGAUCGAACUCAAACAUAUGCACAAUCAGGGCUUAUGAGAUGCUUCCCAACUCCUGGUACAGGCAAUAGUCAUCUCGGGUCUUGACUACUGUAAUGCCCUCUUCCACUUCAGAUGAUCCAAAAUGCGACGGCUUGCCUGAUCUACAACCAACCCAAAAUGGCACGUUACCCUGCUGCUAAUCCAGCCUGCCCGCAUCAAAUUCAAGUCUCUAGCGCUUGCCUACAAAUCAAUCUCCGGCUCUGCUCCCACCUACUUGAAUGCGCUCAUACAGACAUCAUCAUUGCACUCCUCAGACGACCAAUGCUCUGCUAGCUCUGCCGCCGGUACACUCAGACCAAUCCUAACUUUUUUCAUCAGUUGUUCCUCGUUGGCGGAACACACUACCAGUUCAGUGUUGUAUAGUAACGAAGUAAUAAUACUUCACUACCAUACCAUAUUUUGGGAGACUUUGUACUUUGUAUUUUGGGAGACUUUGUACUUUACUUGAUUUUUUUAAAUUUAGAUUACUUUCACUUUUACUUCACUAUAUUUCCAAACUUAAUUGCAUACUUUUACUCCGAUACAUUUUCAAUGUGCCAUAUAGUUACUCGUUACAAUGAUAAAAUGACCCUACCGGUGACUUCAAUGAAGUCAGGAAUGACUUGUCUAGGCAUGUUUGCACUUGCGCAUGACGGUACUCCACCUGUCAGCUUCACAUGAAUAGCUCAGCAGAAGGCAGAAUAGAAAGCUUCGCAAUGGAAGAAGACGAGAUGGAAACAGCAGCUACGUUGGCUACAAAUGAAGGGGAUCCCUGGCCAUGUUUAAACACAAUGUUCUCUUAUGUUGAUGUGAAAGACUCAUCCUAUCGAAUGAAGUGCCUCUUAUACCUCCCCAAAAAACGUUGCAAUUCUAUCUUACAAAAACUCCCCCUCCAAUUUAAAGAAGCACAUUGAGGAACUGUCAGUCUUCUGACUUGUCUUUUUCCAGGUUUAAAAAUGCUGGAUAAACUUUAAAAUAUUAAAAUUUCAGACUGUCUUUGAUUAUUAUUAACAUUUACUUGUACUUUUACUUUCAUUACUUGAGCACGUUUAAUUGAACAUUACUUGUCAUACUUAAGUGCAAGAAAUGUCAGAUACUUUAAGACUUUAACUCAAGUAACAUUUCAGUCGGCGACUUGAACUUUUACCUUUUACUUUAAAGUAAUUUUUUGGUAGGGUACCCAUACUUCUACUUGAGUUUGAUUUUCCAGUACUCUAUACAACACUGUUCCUACUAGAGCAAGGACAUCCCUCUCCAUCUUCAAAAAAACUUCUGAAGACUCAGCUCUUUAGAGAGCAUCUCCUCUAGGAGCACUAGUUACAACUAGCCAUGCGGUUCCUAAACUUACCACCUGACUAGAACUGACAUUUGACUGUUUAAAAACAGCAUGCACUGACGCACUUAUUCUUAUUGCACUGUGUCAAAAACAAAUGCCUUGCCAAAAAUGCCUUUUUACAACCCCUCUGAUAGGCUCUGUGUGCCUACAGUGCCCUCUAUACAGUCUAUGUAUGUACACACUAAUUGUUGAAACUUGGGCAAAAAACAUGUCCCACUAAAAAAACCUGCUAAUUCUGUUGGAAAUUACUAACAUUUUCAUGAAUAAAAAUAAUCAAGAUUACAAUCAGGGUGUCCUUCUCACUUGUGUAAGGUUCAUCAUAAUUGAAUGAUUAUAAUCAGUUGUCCUUGGAUAGGAGAUAAUAAUUUACAAUAAUUUGAUUUAAUAAUAUAUUUACCACAUGAAAGAAUAGAUUGUAAUAUGUUAAUAUUUAAAACUACAAACAGUGAGUUUUAAGCAAUAUUUAGGCCUACUAUUAUUUUGUGGUUGCUCAAAAUGUGUCCCACAUACUCAUCAUCACCACCAUCAGAUACUUAUUAAAA